CCAUGAAACUCCAAGCUUCAUCUCCUCAAGACAACCAACCAUCAAACACGACCAACAACAGCACUGACAGUAACCACUUAUCCAUGGACGAACAUGCCAUGCGUUCCAUGGAUUGGGAUUCAAUCAUGAAAGAACUUGAGGUUGACGAUGACUCUGCACCUUACCAGCUUCAACCGUCGAGUUUCAAUCUCCCUGUCUUUCCCGAUAUCGACUCAUCCGAUGUUUACCCCGGUCCAAAUCAGAUAACCGGGUACGGGUUCAAUUCUCUCGAUAGCGUUGACAAUGGAGGAUUCGAUUACAUCGAAGACCUCAUUCGAGUCGUGGACUGUAUCGAAUCAGACGAGUUACACCUCGCUCAUGUGGUUCUAUCACAACUCAAUCAACGUUUACAAACUUCCGCGGGUAGACCGUUACAAAGAGCAGCGUUUUACUUCAAGGAAGCUCUCGGUUCGCUUUUAACCGGAACUAACCGGAAUCAAUUAUUUUCGUGGUCCGAUAUUGUUCAGAAGAUCCGAGCGAUUAAGGAGUUUUCCGGUAUAUCUCCGAUUCCUCUCUUCUCUCACUUCACGGCAAACCAAGCGAUCCUCGACUCGCUCAGCUCGCAGUCGUCUUCUCCGUUCGUCCACGUGGUUGAUUUCGAGAUCGGGUUCGGUGGUCAAUACGCAUCGCUCAUGAGAGAGAUCGCUGAGAAAUCAGCAAACGGCGGGUUUCUGAGAGUCACGGCGGUUGUGGCGGAGGAUUGCGCCGUCGAGACGCGGCUGGUGAAAGAGAACUUGACUCAAUUCGCGGCGGAGAUGAAAAUUCGUUUUCAGAUAGAGUUCGUUCUGAUGAAGACGUUCGAGAUUUUAUCUUUCAAGGCGAUUAGGUUCGUGGACGGAGAGCGAACCGUCGUGUUGAUAUCUCCGGCGAUUUUCCGCCGUGUGAUUGGAAUCGCUGAGUUUGUGAACAACUUAGGAAGAGUGUCGCCUAACGUCGUCGUUUUCGUGGAUAGCGAAGGAUGUACGGAGACAGCAGGAUCUGGUUCGUUCCGGCGGGAGUUUGUUAGCGCUUUUGAGUUCUACACGAUGGUGCUGGAGUCGUUAGACGCCGCCGCUCCUCCGGGAGAUUUGGUGAAGAAGAUCGUGGAAACAUUCCUGUUACGUCCGAAGAUCUCCGCGGCGGUGGAAACGGCGGCGAAUAGGAGAAGCGCCGGUCAGAUGACGUGGCGGGAAAUGUUGUGCGCCGCCGGGAUGAGACCGGUCCAGCUAAGCCAGUUCGCUGACUUUCAAGCUGAGUGCUUACUGGAGAAGGCGCAGGUCAGAGGGUUCCACGUGGCUAAACGACAGGGAGAGUUGGUGCUGUGCUGGCAUGGGAGGGCACUCGUUGCCACGUCAGCGUGGCGCUUUUAGAUAACCGUAUUAUAGACUUGUUUGGUUUAACAAUGAUAUAGAAUCGAAUUUCGGUUUAUCACUUUUUCCCUUUAAUUUUAAAUAAAUAAAUAAGCUAGUAAUAAUAUCGUCAAGACACUGGUUAAACUAGAGUCUUCAAAUCGUUCAUAAGCCCUAUUCAGAACAGGGGAAAGUGUGUAAAAAACAGAGUUUGUCAAUCUGCUUCAUAUAUUCCAAUCCAUGGCGCUUAUCGGAUCCGGCUUAGCCAGUGAGGUAAUAUAUGCUCUAUGUGAUGAUUGUUUUCGCUUGUAUGUAUUAAAGACAAAAACUUUAUUACUCUACUUGAUUGGAUGUGUGUUUGGGUGGAUUCUAUCAUCUUAUUGUGUCUUGUUCGAGUUCAAAAUUUUUAUUACCAUCAUGCCUGCGGCUUUGUCUGAUUAUUUGAAAGUUCAAGUCUUUAAUAACAUUUUAUCUUCUGGUUUGGUGAAAUUGAGUUUUGAUUCUAUAGUGGAUUGGUCUUUUGAAUUCUCCCAUGAUCACUAUGGAAACUUUCAGGUAGGGUUACGUGUACUGCUUUCUCCACUUGGUUCCAACAUCGUACUUCGUACAGCAUGCUGUUCCGUUGGCAUAGGGUUGCCUGUAUACUCCACUUUCAAGGCAAUUGAGAAUAGAGAUCAGAAUGAACAACAUAAAUGGCUUACUUACUGGGCAGCUUAUGGUUCUUUCAGCCUUGUUGAAGUGUUCACGGACAAACUCAUCUCUUGGUUUCCGCUAUAUUAUCAUGUGAAGUUUGCGUUCCUCGUCUGGCUUCAACUUCCCACCGUAGAUGGAGCGAAACAAAUAUAUAACAACCACCUUCGCCCUUUCCUAACACGACACCAAGUUAGACUGGAUGGACUCGUGAAUGGAGUAUAUGAGCAAAUGGUCAAGGUCAUUAGGUCACACCAAGGAGAGAUACGUUUUGUGCGAUCAAUGAUUAUCAGAAUCUUGGGAUCAGUCAAUGAAGUUGCAUCACCAAGCCAACGACAAGGAGAAAUCUCAAACACUAGCCCUGAACCAGAAUCUGAAUCCGAUCAUGAAGACUAAUAGAACAACAAAUGUAUUCAUAGCUUUGCAGCUUUUAAACACUUAUGUCAAACGAUUGUAAUGGUCACGUAAAUCUCGAAUUACUUUUAGAGUGGUAAAACAAAUAAGUGUUGAAAAAUCCCUAUAAUCCGUUAUAAAGCAGCUCCAUGUUUCCUCAUACUAAAGUAUAAGUUACCUUACCUGGUUCAGAGAACUUGUGCCUCUUGGAAUUCAAGGAAGUUAGCAGAUU